GCCGCCGCCGCCGCCGCCGCCGCCGCCCGGAGCCGGGCCGGGCCGCCAUCAUGCUGAGCCGGCUCGGGGCGCUGCUGCAGGAGGCCAUAGGCGCGCGGGAACCCAGCAUUGACCUGCUGCAGGCCUUCGUGGAGCACUGGAAGGGCAUCACACACUACUACAUCGAAAGCACAGAUGAAAACACCCCGGCCAAGAAAACAGACAUUCCCUGGCGGCUGAAACAGAUGCUGGACAUCCUGGUGUAUGAGGAGAGGCAGCAGACAGCAGCUGGUGAGGCGGGGCCCUGUCUGGAGUACCUGCUGCAGCACAAGAUCCUGGAGACCCUGUGCACGCUGGGCAAGGCCGAGUACCCACCGGGCAUGCGGCAGCAGGUGUUCCAGUUCUUCAGCAAAGUUCUGGCCCAGGUGCAGCACCCGCUGCUGCAUUACCUCAGCGUCCACAGGCCUGUGCAGAAACUUCUCCGACUUGGUGGGACAGUUACUGGGUCCCUUACUGAAAAGGAGGAGGUGCAGUUCACCACUGUCCUCUGCUCCAAGAUCCAGCAGGAUCCGGCAUUGCUCGCCUACAUCCUGGAAGGUAAAAAGAUUGUAGGUAGGAAGAAGGCCUCCAGAGAACCCACUGCCCUGCCUAAAGACACAGCCAACCACAGGGACAAGGACAACUCCCACAGCAGUGCUCCUGACAGGGGCCCCCCACUGGAGAGGGAGCCCUGCGGAGCCCAGGCCUUGAGCAGCCGCCUGCCUGCAGGGACCGAGGAGCCAGAUGGUGGGACCGGGGAGAACAACCUGAUCACCUCCCUGCUCGGGCUGUGCAAGAGCAAGAAGAGUCGGGUGGCCCUGAAGGCCCAGGAGAACCUGCUGCUCCUGGUGCACGUGGCCUCCCCGGCAGCUGCCACCUACCUGGUGCAGAGCAGCUCCUGCCUCGCCAUCGCCGAGCACCUCUGCCAGCUGUACCACUCCCUGCCCACCUUCCUUGACCCCACAGAUGUUGCCACAUUAGAAGGCAUCAGUUGGAGGUUACCCAGCGCCCCGUCUGAUGAGGCCUCCUUCCCUGGCAAGGAGGCCCUGGCUGCCUUCUUGGGCUGGUUUGAUUACUGCGACCACCUUAUCACAGAGGCACACGCGGUGGUGGCAGAUGCUUUGGCAAAGGCUGUGGCUGAGAAGUUAUUUGUGGAGACUCUGCAGCCCCAGCUCCUGCACGUGUCCGAGCGGAGUAUGCUGACCUCUACUGCCCUGCUGACGGCCCUGCUGCGCCGGCUUCGCUCACCCGCACUGCUGCGAGAGACUGUGACUUUCCUCCUGGGCACGGACCAGCAGCCUGAAGCCCCCGAAGACAACCCCCGCACCCUGUGCGCUCACCUCAUCGGGCACUGCGACCACCUCUCUGAUGAGAUCAGCAUCGCCACGCUGCAGCUGUUCGAGGAGCUGCUCCAGAAGCCCCACGAGGGCAUCAUCAGCAGCCUGAUCCUGCGCAACCUUGAUAGCCGCCUCUAUGUGGCCCGGGGCUCACCAGAGCCCGAGAGCUACGAGGACACACUAGAUCUGGAGGAAGACCCCUACUUCACAGACGGCUUCCUUGAUUCUGGCUUUCAGCCUUCCCCCAAGCCUCACCCAGCACCUGCCACCAACUCGGAUGGCAAAACAGCAGUGACCGAGAUCGUCAACAGUUUCCUCUGCCUGGUCCCUGAGGAAGCCAAGACCUCGGCUUUUCUGGAGGAGACUGGAUAUGACACGUACGUCCACGAUGCUUAUGGACUGUUCCAGGAGUGCAGCUCCCGCGUCGCCCCCUGGGGCUGGCCCCUGGGUCCCACUCCCCUGGACCUCCAUGAGCCUGAACGGCCUUUCUUCGAGGGUCACUUUCUCCGAGUGCUGUUUGACCGCAUGUCCCGAAUUUUGGACCAGCCAUAUAGCCUGAACCUGCAAGUGACCUCAGUCCUGUCCCGGCUCGCCCUCUUCCCCCACCCCCACAUCCACGAGUACCUCCUGGAUCCCUACAUCAGCCUGGCCCCCGGCAGCAGGAGCCUGUUCUCGGUGCUUGUCAGGGUGAUCGGGGACUUGAUGCAGAGAAUUCAGAGGGUACCCCAGUUCCCAGGCAAGCUGCUCCUGGUGCGCAAGCAGCUGAUGGGCCAGGCCCUGGGGGAGCAGCUGGACCACCAGACCCUCCUGGAAGGCGUGGUGGUGCUGGAGGAGUUCUGCAAGGAGCUGGCUGCCAUCGCCUUUGUGAAGUUUCCCCCACACUCUCCAUACCUGUCCCUCUCCCCAGCCCCGGAAGGGCAAGUUUGAGCCAGGAGCAUGAUGGAUGGAGAGACUCCUGUACCCACCUCUGUCCAGGAGCCACCACCGCCUGCCACUGCUCUCCUCCCAGGGGCGGGGGCUCCAGCUCCCAUGUUAACUCAAAGAGACCAUGGCUUGUUGACCACACUGGACUGGGUUUCAGGGAGUGGGCCUCCAAGGUACCGGAUGCCAAGGAGCAAAAGAGAUGGCUUCCCAGGCAGCCUGGUGUCCUCAGGCAGUGGGUGAUGGCCAGGUGAGCACCCAGACCCCAAGACCCUCAUGUGUUGUAUGCCUGUCAUCCUCUGUACUGGCUGUUUGUGGCCAGCACCAACACCUGUGACUCAAUUCCAGGAGCAAGAGGGGAGUGAGCUGGUGGCUGCAAGGCUGGUUAGGAACCCAGGUCAGAGAGAUGGGGGCCGGGAGCCCGAUCUGGGUCACAUUAGGUACCAUGGAAGCCGCUGAGACUUGACAUUUUUUCCUACCUUCUCGGCUCAACCUGUGGAGACGGGGACCACAGGGAAGCCCCCUCUUCCUGCUCUGCCCUCCUGGAGACUGUUGCAAAAUUCUCAACUGCCUCAUGGCAAAUGCCCAAAGCCUGCUCCGCACCCAGGCGGGGGCAGCUGUUAAUGAGGACCUUGAUGCAGCUGCAGCCAGGGCAGGAGAGGGCCCGGCUCCAGCUGGUUUCUCUCUGGCGCCUCCUGAACCCGUCUCAGCAGGUCCACAACACCUGGGCAGAGAGGUCAGAGAGCAAGGGAGGCCAGGUUCUGCUCUGUGCAUUGCCCAGCACCUAGGUUCUUGAUGGAAAGCCCUUCUGGGCAGCAAGGGAGCUCAGGGAACAGAGGAGAGCAGGAGGCCCCAGCUGCAGGCCCUUGAGGCCUGGCGGGGAGGGGCCGAGGCACAGGAGCCAGCUCCCGUGUUGUUCUCCCUGCGUGCCCUCUGUGGCUGGGGCUGCCACCCCACCCGGUCUGAAUCUGUCUCGACCUGCAGGAGCACACGGGCGGCGCCAGGCAUUACCUCACAGUGGGGCUGCAGUGGCUGGCUUCGCUCCUGGGCAAGGAGGAGCAGGCCAGAGCCCCUUUCGCUUCCUUUUCCUGCCCAUGCGGCUUCUAGAAGCCGGCCGCAGGUUGCCAGGAGGUGACAUGAAAGAGGAGGAAACUCGGUGACCUCUACCUUUCCUGCAUUCCUCCUGGCGGGGGAGGACCCAGCUGCUGCUCUGAAGAAUGUGCGUGUGUGUGGGCACGGGGGCUUGGUGUGGGCUGAUGGCGCAGAUCUCACCAGAUGGACUGGGUCUGGACUCGUAGAUUCAUAAAAUGUUUGAGGGUCUGGGAGCCCCUCACCUCUCCUUGGUGCACUUUGGCGUUUGAAUGGUGUCUUCUGCAGACAGCACAGCAAUAAAUGGAGUGAUUGCGUGGA